AUGUUGUUCAAGAUGUUGUGCAGGCGUCUCGGUGGACUUGUGUUCAGGACAACUGCUUUGAAUUCGUCUUUCUUCGGAGCAACAUAUGCAAGGCCUGUUCUCAGAUUUCGACCACCAUCAUUGGCUACUGUUUCGUACAAUUCUACAUCAGCUAACAAUGCAGAAAAUGACGGAGGUGGUACAAAGUUUAACCUAAAGAGGCGAGAUGGGAAGCGACUUACCGGUGCUGAAUUCUUCGAUGUAGUCAAGGAAGUCGCAUCGAAAGAAGGCAAGGAAGACUUUGCAGUCCCAAUUCCUGCCUUCGAAGCGUUAUUAGCCGAGUAUGAUGCACUACUCAAUGAGGGGUUGGACUGGAAGGACAAAUAUCAGAGAUCGUUAGCUGAGACAGAAAAUGUUCGGAAACGUGGUUUCAAGCAGACAGAGGAAGCCAAAGUUUUCGCAAUUCAAGGUUUCUGCAAGGAUCUGUUAGAGGUUGCCGAUGUUCUUGAUCUUGCUGUGGAUUCUGUAAAGGAAGAACAACUGAAGAGCGCGGACAAAACUCUUUCUGAUCUUCAUCAAGGGAUAGUUAUGACAAGGACGGUUUUACUCAAUACUUUCAAGAAACAUGGAUUAAAUCCAGUGAAUCCAAUCGGCGAAAAAUUCGAUCCUAAUUUGCACGAAGCCGUAUUUCAAGUUCCACCUGGACCGGAUGCAAAAGCCGAGCCUGGACAUAUAAUGCACGUCUCGAAAAUUGGAUACUCCUUGAAAGAUCGACCAGUACGCGCAGCGCAAGUCGGAGUGGUUACGGAAAGCUGA